CUCCAAAAUAUCUGUUUAAUAAAAUGAAUCUGUCUAGUUUGUUGCAGCAUAAUUGGUGUUAAUGAAUCGAUGUAUUUAGAGUUGUUUUUACAACUGCUUUAUAUUCAUGGUCAAAGAGGUGGUGGCCAACAGUUUUAUGCAGAAAUGAUGCUGUACUAUUACUUUUUAUGGUAAUAUGGUGCAUGGCUUUAAAGCAAUAGAGAGACAGCUUAUCCUAUACAGACAGACAGACAGACAGACAGACAGACAGAUGUAAAGCUAUAUUAAGUAAUGUACUCACUGGACACACGAGGAGGAGACAAGCAGUAUGUUAUGAGUGUUGCAUUUGUGCAUACGCGCAUGUGUACGGACGUACUUGUUUGUGCGAUGGGAGCCACGUGGAAAAGUCUUUAACAGGACAGUGUGACAGUAUCUGCCUGUUCUUCUCAUUUGGCUUCGUGUUACGGUGUGUAGACGUUCCUCAGGAGCUGCAGGAAUAACAUCCGUCCAUAACAGUUUUACAUCAUGGUUGUCUCAGAGUCACAGGACAAGCAUCUUCUCCCAAGCAGCUCUGUGGGCAGAGGUACCUGCCACUGGGCCCAAUCGCAUCCAUCCUUAUCCCACAGCUCUGAAAGUUCUCACCAUCUCAGCUCUAACAAAAGUAUUCUACAACCCAACACUGGUCUCCGUGAGUACUCAGAGACGGACGCUCUGUUGCCCAAUGAACUCUACAGCAGCUCAAGGCUCAGUCAUUCCGAGAGAGGAAAGGAUGCAGGCAUCUCGGUUGCACCCGUGGAGCCAGUCUGCGCCAUGCUUAUGCAGAUCCUGGUGCCCUUUGUGGUGGCUGGACUGGGGACAGUGUCUGUUGGGAUGCUUCUGGAUGUGGUUCAGAGCUGGGACGUUUUCCAGGACAUUACAGAACUGUUAAUUCUGCUCCCUGCAGUACUAGGCAUGAAGGGAAACCUGGAAAUGACUUUGGCGUCUAGACUCUCCACCGCUGUGAAUGCAGGAAAAAUGGACGAGGGCAACGAAAAGUGGAAGUUGAUCAUUGGGAACCUGGCGCUCAAGCAGCUACAAGCCACAGUGCUGGGCCUGAUAGCUUCCGUGAUGGCGACCCUGUUGGGUUGGAUGGCAGAAGGAAAGAUGCCCUAUGAUCACGCGGUGCUUUUGUGCUCAACCAGUGUCACCACUGUGUUUGUGGCUUCAUUACUACAAGGCAUCAUUAUGGUGGGUGUGAUUAUUGGCUGCAAGCGGCUGGGAAUCAACCCUGACAAUGUGGCGACACCGGUGGCCGCCAGCUUUGGGGACCUCAUCACGCUCACCCUGCUCGCCUGCUUCAGCCAGUGGUUCUACCUCUUAAAGGAUUUGUAUGUGUAUGUGUUGUACCUGGUGGAUCUGUUCAUUCUGUGCCUGAUUCCUCUGUGGGUUGUGAUUUCCUCCAAACAUCCUGCCAGUCACAUCUUGCUCCGCACCGGCUGGGAACCAAUCAUUACUGCAAUGCUCAUCAGCAGCAUUGGUGGACUUAUUCUGGACAAGACUGUGUCAGAUCCAAACUUGGCAGGAAUCUUAAUUUACGCUCCAGUCAUAAAUGGCGUCGGUGGAAACCUUGUUUCCAUCCAGUCCAGUCGUAUCUCCACUAAUUUGCAUUUGAAUUACUCCCCUGGAGAGACUCCUGCCGGCUGCCGGGGCUGCUACAACCCGUGCCGCACCUUCCUCGGUUCAGGAGCCAACAAUCGGUCAGCCCAGAUCCUGCUGCUGUUGGUCAUCCCUGGUCAGCUCGUCUUUCUGAACGCCAUCCACCUCAUGAAGGGGGCACACACGUUUCCCAGUCUUCUUUUGACCGUCGCCUUCUUGUCUGCCUCCUUUAUUCAGGUCUUUUUCCUGCUGUGUGUCGCUGACUGGAUCGUUCACUGCUUAUGGCGCAGGCGCAAAGACCCUGACUCCUACUCCAUACCCUACCUCACAGCCCUUGGGGACCUACUAGGGACAGCCCUCCUCGCUCUCGCCUUCUUCAUUCUGUGGUGCAUCGGUGACUCGGGCAGUGUUUAGAUUUAAAACAAGAGACUUGAAAUGAAAAACAAACACAACGUGUCCCAUCUUCCUGCUUCUUCCAAUUUUCCUCUUAAUUCUUUUUAACACCAACAGAUUGGUUGUUUUGACAUUAUUAUGUUCAUAUUUUAUUAUCCUUCUCUGUCCAAGAUGUCCUGCUUACACUCAGAGACUCCACUUUCUUCAUAUGGGCCUAUAAAUCUUUCUUAGAGCUAGGUGACCAACCAUUGCUUACCUUUGUUCAUGCACUUAGCACUUGACCCCUUCAGUAAAAGGUCACAUACUGUUGGUUAAGGGCUUCAGAGCUCAGAGAAUGGUAACAUAAACACAGGACGAAAUGACAGAACUGAUAUAGCUGCUAUCUUGAAUAAGCAUAUUGCAGCACUAUAUAUUGUGUCAUGGUAAGUGUAGCAAGAUUUUUUCUUAUGUCAUUAGUAAUUUAAAGUCAGUUUCUGUUCACAGAGAAUAAAUCACUUUUGCCCAUCCAA